UUUCAUUUCCGAAACAUUACAUUUUUUGAACUAAAAACCUUUGCACUACGUCCCACCUUAAACCCCAAUGUCCGUCCUCAAAAACCUCACCCGCCAAAAUCUCUCCCUCACGCGCCACCUCUCCUCCGCCGCAAUCGCAACCACCACCACCGCAUCCAAACUCCACGACCGUUACACUUUCGAACCCCCACCAUCCCUCUCUCCCACCCCCCAAAACCCCAACUCAACACCACCCAAACCCCAUCGCAAAACCCCCAAACCCAAAUACAAACCCCCCUCCUCCCUCGACCGAACCGGAAAAAAACCGAUUCGCUCCACCCUUCCCUUCGAUUUCCGGUUCAGCUACACGGAAAGCAGCCAAACGGUGAGACCGAUUGGACUCAGAGAACCGAAAUACUCCCCAUUUGGACCGGACCGGAUUGAUCGGGAAUGGACCGGGGUUUGCGCGCCGGCGGUGGAUCCGAAGGUGAAGGAGUUGGAUGGGGAGGAAGAUCCGAAGCUGGAAGAUGAGAGGAAGAAGAAGAGAGAGCAUGUUCAAGGAGAUGCCCUUACCAAUGCCGAAAGGAAAGCUCUUGUUUUGCAAUGUGAAAGAGGGAAAACUAAGCGUCAAGUUAAUAUGGGACGGGACGGUUUAACUCACAACAUGUUAAUUGAAAUUCAUAACCAUUGGAAAUAUACUGAAGCUGUUAGGAUCAAAUGCAUGGGUGUUCCAACUGUUGAUAUGAAAAAUGUUUGCACCCAGCUUGAGGACAAAACAUUUGGAAAGGUUAUUUUCAGACAUGGGGGUACACUUAUAUUAUACAGAGGUAGGAAUUAUAAUUCAAGAAAGAGGCCUGCAAUUCCUGUUAUGUUGUGGAAACCUCAUGAACCUGUGUAUCCGAGGCUGAUUAAGACAACAAUUGAUGGCUUAAGUAUUGAGGAAACAAAAGCAAUGAGGAAGAGAGGCUUGGCUGUUCCCGCUUUAACAAAACUUGCAAAAAAUGGCUAUUAUGCUCAUUUGGUAACCAUGGUCAGAGAUGCUUUCCUCACAUGUGAAUUAGUUCGGAUAGACUGCCAGGGUCUCGAGAGGAAAGAUUACAAGAAAAUAGGCUGCAAACUCAGGGACCUGGUCCCCUGUGUUCUGGUGACUUUUGAUAAAGAACAAAUUGUAGUUUGGAGGGGGAAUGAUUAUAAGUACUCGAAGGAUGGAUACUUUCUUAAAGAUCGAGAAUCAUUUGAUGAUGAUGAUGAUGGUGGUGGUGGUGACUUGCUUACGGAUGAGGACGAAGAGCUUGAGAACACCAGCCUAUGAAACUAACACUGCAGUCAACUGUGAUGAUCUAGUAUAAUCUUACUUUGCUCGAAGUUCAGCCUUAUAUCAGAAGUUGCUUGAAGAUUUUAUUAUUGUUGUUCUGUGUAGGGGUGUCAGCAGGGCCUCAAUGCCCUCGGUCCCCGUCCCACGGGUUCAUGUGGGGAUCCAUCAACAUAAAAAUGUAAAUUUAAGUUAUUUUUUGGAUGAAUUUCAAUCUACUUGUAUUUUUUUUUUAAAGAAUGGCAAAAUGGCCAAACAAUAUCAUAUUUCUAACACAUUUGUACAAAAAUAAAAAAGAUAUUAUUAUAAUAUUCUUGGGGACAGAGGCAUGAUCCCCAUCCUCACUUCCUUCA